UCGCGUUCAGCAGAGAAAGUAGCGACGCAACUGUUGUAAGAUUUUCUGCUGAACGCCACAUAGCGGCUUACGCUCUUACAACAUGUUUGCUGAGCGGUCGCCAUUUUAUCCAUCAUAUUAAAAGUACGCUACAAUCGUACAACACGUUGUAAAUCCAGAGAAACAUAACCCUGACACAAUGCAACAAGAAAUGGAAAUGUAUUAUAAUUAUAAUAAUAUGACCUAUUGCAUCACUGCAACAAGCGAUAUACAUGACAAACUACAAAAUGAUCCCGAAUUUUUUAAUAAAUAUUUCGCCACCAAUAUAACUUCAAGUGAAGUAGUAGGUGUGAUGGAGAAAGAAAAUAAUGAUCCCAUAAUAGAAUCAUUCAGUUGGACGAGGCAAAGUACCAAGCUUCUUUUAGAAAAGUAUCAUGAAAGAAAAACUAAAUUUCGUGAUCCAAAAAUUAAAAAAAGCUCUUAUGGACAGAAAUUGUUGAUGAAUUCGAAAAAAAUAAUUAUAUUGUUAACGAAGACACUCUGGACCGCAAGAUGCGAAACUUAAAAAAAUCUUAUAGGAAUAUUUUAGACAAUAAUAAAAAAACGAGUACUGGUCGUGGACGUAUUAAUUGGGAAUGGUACGACCUCAUGGAAGAAAUAUAUAGAGAAGAUCGUACUGUACACAUAGGUCCAACAAUAUCUUCUAUGGCAAUAAAUAACAACGCAGUUAAUGAGGAACAUAACAGUUUGACCCCAUCUACGUCGACUUGCGGAGAUCAAAAUAUAAGUUCUGCUUGCUCAGAAAUGGAAUUUGCUGAACAAAUCACAGAAAACGAACAGUCAAACAGGUGUGUAAAAACGUUUGUGCAAGGUAAUUUAUAUGUUUUUGAUUGGCUUCAAAAUUGUGCGCGAUUAAAUUUUGGUACAGUUAACUAUGAUUAUGGUAAAAAGAAAUACUCUAUUAAAAGUACAAUUCUUAGGCAGCAGUUAGUAUGUUACGAUAGUACGAGUAAUGAUACAUCGAGCCAGGAUAACAUGAAGACUAAAACACAAAAAGCUGCCAAAUCAAAAGUUAUGUACGAUUUACGAAAAAAAUUAUUAGACUGUGAAGAAAAAAGAGUGGAAGCGAUAAAUAAAUUAACUGAGACUAUAGAAGAACAUAAUAAAAUACAACGUGAAAGAAAUGAUAUUUUGCGGAAUUUAGUAUCGCACGCAAAACAGUAAACACUUGUGUUCAAGUAUAGAAAUAUAAUAAUAUAUGCAAAGAAAACUAAGAGAUAUAAAAUGUUCUGUUGUUUCAUAUAUAAAAUAUAUAUAUAUUAAAUUAUUUUAUAUAUAAAAU